AUGCCGUGCUGGAACUAUUUACCAGCAGAAAUCAAGCAACAUGUCGUCAAGAAGUUGGAUUUUAUGAGCAGGCACUCUCUGAGAUACACGUCUCAUUUGGAUCGUCUGAUUGUGGACUCAACACCUGUCCAAUUGCCACGUGUCAGAUUUGGGUACAAAGAUGGGAAGUAUCUGAUUGUGAUUUAUACGGGAGUCGAGAAGUUUUUGAGAUUGGAGUUUGAGAUCGAUCCAUCUAUAGACAAAAACUUCGUCAUUGUUCAUAAAUCCGAAAAUUCAUGUAACCCAAAAAAAGUGACCACCAAAUUUGUACCGUUUUUGACUGUUUGGCAUUGUGCCAUCAUGCAUCUUAAAAGUCUUCUCGCCCAUAAAUCAAUAAAAAUCAAUUCAAUGGAAUGGGACGUCUCCCCGGAAGAUUUGAAGAACUUUCUCGCUAUGCGAGUUAUCGAGUUGUUGGAUGGUGAACGAUUUCGAACGAAUGAAAUGGUGAUGAGAGUUCAUGUCUGGGGUGAAUUGUGCAAGUUUUGGAAUAAUGUGUGUAACAAGGAAGAAUUGAAAGUUAUCAGACAACUUGGAUUAUUUAUUGAUAAACGAGGGUUAGUUCCUGUUAUGGCACAUCAACUAGACCAGUAUGCCGAUGGAAAGCUUUAUUCCUCCAUCUUUAUGCGAAUGCAUUUGUCUCUGGAGGAUUUUCAAGAAACCUACAACAAUUUCAUCGAGGCUGUCAAGAAUUACAUCGAUGACCUCCAAGUAGUAACCUUCAAGUUUUUUGAUAAAAAAAACUCGCACAUAAUAGAUGAAGGAGGGGAACUUGGAAAUGUUGUUGUCCAUCCGCAUAAAUCAGAGUGUGGUGAUUUCAUAUACAAUGUUAAUAAGAAGUAUGAGCAACACUUGGAUCAUCUCAAAACCAUCAAAUGCGAUCUCGGACCAUUCUGCAAACGGUGUUCUGAUCCUUUUGAAUACUGGUACUACCAGAAUUUUCCACGUCGUGUCCUUCAUGAGCCGUUGUGGACGGAUUUUAUUUUCAAUAUAGACGAGGAGAAGACUCAAGAGAAGCUACGCAAGAAUGUUCUACAACAUGAAAUAAUGAUGGAGAACAUUCAGAAAGGAAACAAAAAGAAGACUCCAGAAAUACCAUCAUGGGGAUUCAAAAUGAUACCCAGUGAUGGUUUGGUGUAUCCGGUGUACCCGGUGAAUCGAGGAGGUCUAGUGAAGAAGAAUAAGAAAAGGAAAUACAAACUGAGGGAGAAAGAGAUUACCAGGAAAUCGGGUGAAGACGUUGUCAUGGAUGAACGAGAGGUUGACAAGAUGGAAGCAAUUGAAGAUCUUGACAAUAUGUUUGACUCUGAAGACAAUGUAGACAUUUCAGAAGAUGAAACUGCUUCUGAAGAGCCGGCUCCGGAAAAUAUCCCUGAAUCUGACAGCAGCCAUGUGAGAGAUGAGUGCUUGACUGAUUCUGAAGAAAAACCAGAAGAAAUCCAGACUGCAGAACCCAAUAUCACUCUUCGAAACCUUCAAUGUAUUGUAUUAACUGUAUUAUUUCCAAUUUCUGUUUCGAUAAUAUUGUACUUCGUUCUUUUCUAA